AGCAGUGUGUGUGCGUGUGUCUGUGUGAGCACCGCAGAGCAGACGCACAGAGAGGCCGCUUGUCAGGUCUGGACGCCCGGCGGCUGCGGCUCGGGGCGGGGAUGGAUCCGGGAUCCGCCGGUGGGACCUUCAUGUCCCUGAGCGACACCGAGCAGAGAUGUUACUCCGGGCUGUACGCGCUCUGUCAGCCCGACAGCAGCGGCAUACCGGCGGCGGGGAAAGUGGCGGAGCUGUUCCGGGCGUCGCAGCUGCCGGCCGAGACGCUGCACCAGGUGAUGGAGGUCUGCGGUGCGAAGCGGCUUGGCUUCUUCGGCUGUGGUCAGUUUUAUGCGGCUCUGAAGCUGUUGGCUGCGGCUCAGGCUGGUCUGCCGGUGCGUCUGGAGAGCAUUGCAGGCGAACUUCCUCUUCCUGUGUUUGUUGGAAUAACAAAUGAGCUCGACACGCGUUACGCCAAUCACCUCUCGACCAAUGAGAGCCAGCCCCACACCCUGGGCUCUGUCCCAGCCUCCGCCCCUCGCCCCCCAACAGACAGAGCUGUGCUCAGACAUCCAGACACCAGCAUGGAUAAACAGGAGGCGUGGUCCCCACCAAGGUCUCCACCUAGCAUCUCUCCGCCCCGCUCACCAUCAGCCUAUCGCAGCUUGACAUACAGUGCACAGAGAAACGGAACAGACACGUUAUUGGCGUAUGAUGGUAAAAUGCCGGGUCGUCCCAGUGUUCCUCAGGAAAAUGCUUCUCCAGGCCAUUAUUCUUUCAAACUGCAGCCGGAGCAGCCUUCCAUCACACGCGUUGCAUCAGUGGAACGGCUGGUGGAGCGAGUGGAGGUGGAUUACUCAGACGACCCCUGGAGGAUCACAGAGGAACAGCGGGAAUAUUACACUAACCAGUUCAGGAGUCUCCAGCCCGACCUCAAUGCUCUCAUCAUGGGAGCUGUUGCAAAAAACUUCUUCACCAAGUCCAAGCUUCCGAUUCCAGAGUUAUCUCAUAUAUGGGAGCUGAGCGACGUUGACAAAGACGGCGCUCUCACUUUCCCAGAGUUCUGCACUGCCUUCCAUCUCAUCGUGGCACGGAAAAAUGGCUACCUUCUUCCUGAAACUCUUCCCGCUUCACUGAGACCAGGCUUUCAGGAACCGGUGGUUACAGCAGCACCAUCUGAGGCGACUCAACCUCUCAUCGUCUUUGAUGAUAAUAUGAUGCCUGGAGCAAAUCAGCUGGAAAUGGGCUCAGUUGACCUGCAGGUGACCUCUAGACCUGGUGUGACCACUAAACAGGACACCAGAGAUGAAAGCAGGAAACCGGAGAUCAGCCCAAAGAGAGUUCCAGAGCCGCAUGAAAAGCCAAUGCAGCGAGUCAGCGCUUUAAAACCAGAUUCCCCACAAGAGCUUGAUGCAAAUAUGAAGUCGAGAACACGACCCAGGUCGUAUUCCAGCACGUCUAUUGAUGAUGCGAUGAAGAAGGUUGAGGAGCCGCCGACGCCUCCUCCUCGACCCCAGAAAAGUCACUCACGCGCCUCCUCACUCGACCUCAACAAGCUCCUCCAGCAAGGCACACCAGGUGCUAAAAGUGGCUGGUUGCCUCCUCCUCCAGCUCUCCCUCCACGACCACCAGCAACACAGAUCUUCAGCUUCCUUCCCGGCUCUGAGAAAAGUUCCCAGAAGGCCGUUCAGCAGCCAAACUUUGCAGAUUUCAGCAGGUUUAGGGAGGAGCAGGAGAGCGGUGUGAGAGCAGGUCUGAGCACAGAGGAUCUGCUGCCUCCCAAAUCAGAUUGUUCGUUGGUACACCAGGGCCACGCCCCUCAGAAGCCAAUGCGGAGAAAACUCCACCCAGAAAGUCAGAGUGCCACGCCCCCAUUGACCACGCCCUACUCUGCUGCCACACUCACCAAACCUACACAGAGGCCUCCACCCAAACAGAAGAGAGAGAUCCAGAUGGCCAUCAGGAAGAACCGAGAAACCAACGCAGUCCUGACGCGCCUCAACAGUGAGCUACAGCAACAGCUAAAGGUUGUUCACGGCGAGCGGCUCACUCUGGAGACCCAGCUGGAGUCCAUGCGGCCUGUGGCGUCAACCUGAUCAGCACACACAAAACACACACACAUACUUGUAUAUAUGGUUUACGAGGACUCUCCUUAAGUGUAUUGUAUUUUAUCAUUUAAAAAUUGCUUACAAAGUGUCCUAACUACAUGCGAUGCAACAAAAUUCCAGCGACAAGCCAAACUACCAAACACGUCACGACAGACAAAUUCAAAUACAGAGCCAUUCAGAAUCCCAGAGUAGAGCACUGCACUUCCAGCCAAAUGGUAGGGUUAUAAUCGAAUGAAUGCAUAUUAAGUUAGGAAUAAAGAACAUUCAGGAGGUUGAUAUAGCAGAAUAAAGCUUGACAGGUUUUUAAGAAGAUUGAAGGGCUUUCUUCUGCAAAAACAACCAUCCCUAAUGUAUUUAUUUCACGCUUAUUAAAUGGCUACUUGCAACAAAUUUAGACACAAAACAUUGUUCUCAGCUGCGAUAGUUAAUCGGUAAUAUUCUUUAAUUAAAUGCAAAUUAAAAGAGCUGAAAUGCUAACUUGGCCAUUAUUCAGUCACAAGUCGAUGUCAAACAGUAAAAAACGCAAGGCUAUCAGAAAUAAAACCAGCUAAAUGGAGCAUGCACUAACCUACAUAUUAUUCGUUUACAAGAUGGCACGUAACAGUUAAAAAUGCAAAGCUAUCAGAAAUUAAACCAGCUCAAUGGAGCAUACACUAACCUACAUAUUAUUCCUUUACAAAACGGCACCUAACAAUCAAAAAUGCAAAGCUAUCAGAGAUGAAGCCAGUUAAAUGGAGCAUACACUAACCUAAAUAUUAUUUGUUUACAAGAAGCCGCCUUACAGACAAAAAUGCAAAGCUAUCAAAAAUUAAACCAGCUAAAUGGAGCAUACACUAACCUACAUAUUAUUUGUUUACAAGAAGCCGCCUUACAGACAAAAAUGCAAAGCUAUCAAAAAUUAAACCAGCUAAAUGGAGCAUACACUAACCUACAUAUUAUUUGUUUACAAGAAGCCGCCUAACAGACAAAAAUGCAAAGCUAUCAAAAAUUAAACCAGCUAAAUGGAGCAUACACUAACCUACAUAUUAUUUGUUUACAAGAUGGCACCUAACAGUUAAAAAUGCAAACCUAUCAGAAAUUAAACCAGCUCAAUGGAGCAUACACUAACCUACAUAUUAUUCCUUUACAAAACGACACCUAACAGUCAAAAAUGCAAAGCUAUCAAAGAUGAAGCCAGUUAAAUGGAGCAUACACUAACCUACAUAUUAUUCGUUUACAAGAAGCCACCCUACAGUCAAAAAUGCAAAUCUAUCAGAAAUGAAACAAGCUAAAUGGAGCAUACACUAACCUACAUAUUAUUCAUUUACAAGAUGGCACCUAACAGUCAAAAAUUCAAAGCUAUCAGAAACAAAAUCAGCUAAAUGGAGCAUACACUAACCUACAUAUUAUUAAUUUACAAGAGGGCACCUAACAGUCAAAAAUGCAAAGCUAUCAAAGAUGAAGCCAGUUAAAUGGAGCAUACACUAACCUACAUAUUAUUCGUUUACAAGAAGCCACCCUACAGUCAAAAAUGCAAAUCUAUCAGAAAU